CGCAAUUAAGCGGAUAGCUAGGUUCAGACUGAAAGCGCCUUCUUAUUAUUCUUCACGAAUAACUCUUUCAAAAGCUCGGUGACAGAGAAAUCGACGGUACUGCUGGAAGAGCUAAGCGUUGUGUUUUGCUUGUCUACUCUUCCAGAAUGUUGUUGGUAGCUCGUUGCAUGUGACAGAGAAACUCAAGCUGGAAAACUGCCCCUCGGUGCCGGCAAAGUAGUCUCUCGUCUCUGGCUUAGCCCGACCCGCUUGUGGCGUUACAACAUUUAAAAAAAAAAGUAAAAAACAAUAGUUCUUCUGACCAGACUGACGCUUCUUUUCAAAACCUGCUCCAUCUUCCUGCUCUCUCCCUCCGCUACUCUCAACAGCUCCCUCAAGUCGAGCACUGAGGGCAGAAGUGGCCUCGAGUCAUUGACUGGGUGGCGGUUCCUCCAUUUUGAGAGAUUUACGAACGCCUGACGGGGGGGGCCGGCCCAUCCACCAAGUUUCAUCAACAAUCCCAGGCGCCCGCCACUGCGGGCCGGCUACAUGCACACGGCUACAGCACGGCUUUCAGCAACGGCCAGCCGCAUCCACUAUCUUCAUAAUUCAUUCCAGCCUCCGGCGCUGGGUGCUGUGACAAAGGCGACAGUUUUACGAGGCCCUUAUUACAGACAAAUAUGAGUUCCUACUUCGUCAAUUCCAUCUCGGCCUGCUACGGCCCAGGGGCCGGGCUGGCGGACCACUGCCUCGACCCAGGAUACGACCGCGGCGUCGGUGGCGGCGGUGGUGGAAGUGGUGGAGGUCUGGCCGGGUACUCGAGCCACGGAGGCGUGUACCCCGGGUACGGCAGCUCCAAGUACUACCUCGGGUACUCGGGGUCGCGCGGGGUGAUGGGUGGCGACCCGACAGGUGAUUACUACAGUUCGGCCGCGGCACCCCGCCUGUCGCAUCCUCCAAGCAUGGGGCACCCACAUCACCACCACCACCAUCACCCACACCACCAUGCAGCCAGUCCUUGCGGCAGCCCCAGCGACAGCGGCGGCAACAUGUCCCCCACCGCCUUGACCAGUCCGGCGCCCCCGUCUGGUGGUGGCGGCAGUGCUGGUGGGGGUGGGGGCGUGGAACCCCGCACACUGUGUGAGAUGCGAACCUGCUCCAGCAACAGCGGUGGCGCCAGCGGGGGCAACAACACCACCAGUAACAACAACAACAACAGCAGCAGCAGCAACCCCCACGUGGCUCACAGCAACAACAGCCACAGCAUCAUCAGCAACAACAACAACAACAAUAGCAGCAGCAGCAACAACUCCCGUACCGGCAAUCACCACAACCACAACCACCACAGCAACGCGACGAGCGGUGGAGAGGCCGCUGAUGGGUUUUACUCAACAGGUGAGGCUGGUAGCGGUGGGUCCGGCGUGGGCGACACAUCACCUCGCCCCUCCUCGGCCCACUCCGGUGGUGCGGGCUCCCCUCCCCUUCACAUCAAGCAGAGUCCCACCCCACAGCCAGCCCACCAACAGUCGCCCACAACAAACAGCAGCAACAACAACAACAGUACCAACAGCAACGACAGUGUUAACAACAACAACAACAACAGCGCUACCAACAAUAACGCCAACAGCGAUUCUACAAACGGGGCAGGAACCGAUCAGAAGUUCCCGCCCCCGCAAAUCUAUCCUUGGAUGAGGAGGAUGCAGUACAGUGGAGAUGGAGACGGCGACACCAAGAGGUCGCGCACCUCCUACACCCGCCACCAGACGCUGGAGCUGGAGAAGGAGUUCCACUACAACAAGUACCUCACCCGCAGGCGCAGGAUCGAGAUUGCGCAUGCGCUGAACCUAACGGAGCGACAGAUCAAGAUCUGGUUCCAGAACCGACGCAUGAAGUGGAAGAAAGACCACAAACUCUCGCACAUCGCCAAGAACAUGAACCUCGCCAACGCUCUGGAGAAGGCGGCGGAGGAGAGAAAGGCCGCCGUGCUCAUGCACUAGCCCUCCCGCCCUGCCCUCCCCUCUACCCAGUGCCGUGAUUGGACACGUACACACAGACACUUCCUACACUGAUGCUGGUGCCUAGCUGACACACGUAGACAUUUACGCAGCUGAGGUUCACUAGGUGCACAAUUUCAUAUCCUUACCGAAGACAUGUCAGGUAAAGAUGUCGAGGACUGAGCGAGGAGUCGAACUUAGUGUCCGAGACUUGGACAAGUUUUUAGUGGCGUAGCUCUUUCCCCGCCUCCCCAUCUCCAAGGUAACGAACGACGAAGUAUAAAGGCGAGUUUUUAAUUCGCGAUGGACACUAACUACGGACAAAUACUGGACCCUAGUGUAUUCUGGUCAUCCGGGACACAUGCCAAAGAUCACAUUGUGCGAUGCCAAAGAGUUUCCAGAGACGAUAUCUAAGCACAAAAAGCGAUGCUAAUUUAACAAACUGUGUACUAAUAGAGCUAUUAAUAGCUACAAAUGUAGCAAACUAAUUAACCUUCUAUUCCCUAGGUAACAAAGAGUAAUGUGAAAGUUUUCAACGAAAAUCAAACUACAAGCUAGGGAACCAACUCCACAUUUUAACAUGUAUCAAUAUCCCAAAUACACAGAAAUGAGACUGCCUAACAACAGGAGACAAUCUCGAACUUAACAGCACUGUGGAGAUAGUCACGUGACGACAACAGUCUGUUAUGUCUCAUUCCCGGUCAUCUCGAUGUCGCGAUUCAACAAUGAAUGCGGUUUUAAUGUUCAAAGGCGAGUCUGUCGAGUUCUGUUGACCUGGAGCUGGACUGAGAUGAUGACGUGGCAGAGACAGAUGUUCCUGCAAGACCAAGACAGUGCCUUUGGGCAGGGUCCGUCAGUGAGCUCGACCUGAGCAGGUUUAUACACAAUUGUUUAUUGUUAAACUGAUGCUGACAGUAGCCAGGUGAGAAGAAAUACCCGAGUAGAAAUAUCAAACCUUAAUAAAAUGAGAAGAGAUACGUGUGUACACCUAUGGCCCUGUCACAAGGUGAGAAGCAACAUCUGUUUACAAAUAAUGAUAUAGUAGGUGACAUGAUGGACUGGCAGUGUCUCCAGGUGGACAGGAGCUGGACAUCAGAUUUUACCUGUAUGCUGCAGAAACAAGUAUCUCCCUCUGUUGACUGAGCAGCUUGGCUAGGUUCUUUGUGUUAGAAAUGAUUUUAGUCACACUUGUCACACAAUUAAUUACAUUUAUAUUGCGUAUUUAUAGCGUUGACGGUUUACUUGUAACUUAUUAUGCCUGGGUACUCUUUUCUUUGGUCGAACUGCUACUGAUCAAGCAAAGAAGAAACAUCUUUGAAGUCUUGAGGAUGAAUCUGGCUUGUGUUUUCAGUUUGGCUUAACGAGGAAAACAGUUUCAGUGUUUUGCACACAACACUUUUUUAAAAUCAUGAACAUCGCUAUUUGUUGAUCAUGAUCUGGAAAAAUCAGCAGUCUGUACCAGCCCUGGUCACGAAUCACAGCACCUGAAGGUCGUGAGUGGCUACAAGCAUCUCAUAUGAAUCGAACAUUCAUGGGUCACGAACCUCGACAAAUGGAGGUCACCAACCUAACGCAUGAAAAAUAACUGUUCAGUCAAAUAUGUAAAUAAUGGUGGAAAACAUGUUGAUGUUUACUUCACAAUGGACCCCAGUGCUCUGACGUGGUGAAGAGAGCUACCUAUCAUUUUAUAUAUGCUCGGUCGACUUGUGUUAGACAGAUUUGUUGUGUAACUUUUCUCCCAAUGCCUCUGUCUAAGAGUUUGGUUUGUGUUGUAGGCUCUUAGUUGCCCUGUUUGCAAGAAUCUGCAUGGUCAACGGUUAACUGUCAUCCUUGGCGGUAGUCACAUGAAGGUUCAACAGCAAGUGACCCCGUCACUGACCUUCUCAGCGUGUCACGUGCUUGUCGUGCAAAUAUUCUGUAUUUUUUGAGAGACUAAAGAUGGCGUCGACCCGUGUGUAGCUCUUCAUUGGUUUGUUGUUUUAGUCAUCGUUUUUACGAAGAACUGUUAUAGUCUUUGAGUACUAUCACUGGUCAGAAAGGGUAAAAGAUGGUUUUUAUUUGUGAUGAAAUGUUUUUUGAUAUAAUGUACUUUAUUACUUGCCAUGUGUUGUUUGAUGACAUUACAGUAGAGGUUGUGUACUUGGCACACUCGAGACACAGGAGGCUGUCAUGACACUGUCUUUAGGGCUUUUAUAAAUCACCAAAACAAGGUAGAGAAAAACAAUCAUCUUUUUAACUUUUUAUGCAUCUUGAUUCUACUGUUUUCUGCACACAAUAACGAUCCACACACAAUUUACAUCGUUUUACAUCGCUUCAAGUUCAUUCAUCUGCUUCCUGAGUUUGAUUUCCUACCUGUAUGUCUCACAUAUCCUACUUCGUAAAGUUUAGUGCGUCUUCUGCUCCAUGAACAUCUUUUUUUCGCUUAUUGACAGAUCCUGACAUGUUGACAGUGUCAUGUGUGAUGCUAGCAGGGUAAUUCGUACUUCCCUUGGGGGUAAUUCGUACUUCCCUUGUGGGUAAUUCGUACCCUCCCACGAGGAGAGGGGGAUGUUCACAUGCCGCCAGACACGUGUUGUAGUUCUCACAUGAAGGCAAACGAAGAGAUUUUGAGAUUCUACGUUCUUACUACGUGACGGCGACGUUGAGGGUGCUACGUCACUUAAACGAAAGCAGUCUACGUCAUAGUUGACAAAUCUGAGCAUACGCAAACAACGGUGACAUAUAUCACGCGUUAGCGGCAAGCUCACGAUUCUGGCGGGCGCCCAUUGGUUGCAUGAAAUCACGUGUGCAUCAAAGAAACGGUUAACCGCUUGUCAAACGUUAGCCGAGACUUGGAAUAAGCUUUGGCCCCUGUUGUCUGACAGGGUUUCUCUCCCCUUUUGAAAUACGCCAGUAUCGUGUGUUGUCAACGCUACAUGUGUGUGUGUGAGUGUGUGUAACACGUGUAGUGUCUGUGUGUCUGUGUGUCUGUGUGUGUGAGAGAGAGAGAAGGAUAGAAAGACAGAGCUGUCUGUGUAUGACAACACAAAUACUUUUUCAAAUUAUUGUCGGUACAGGCACCGAGUAAGCACACAUUAUUUCCCUGUUGGCACAUAUCAUUGUUUUGAGGACGGACCCCACCCUUGCUUGACCCACAGUUCACCACGUGCUGAGAUCUCAGUGAGCGUAUUGCGUAUUUCACGGACUCUUUCCUCAAGUAAACAAGUGACGACACCCCGACCUUCGCACAACUCACACUCGUGCACACACACACACACACGCACACGCACACACACGCACACACGCACACAUGCACGCCAGCUGACUGUACGCGUCCCUCCUCAACUGUAGCGGAACUCACUGAUGGCUGGUAGCAAGGCAACGGCUGUUGUUGUCGUCGUGGUGUCUGAGGUCACGUGAUCAACACACGUUUUGUGUUGAGUGAAAUGCUUCCACGCUUGCAUUUCUCUUUUUCUCUCUACAUCCUCCUCCUUUCUCCAUGGCCAAUGCCCUGCCCCUUGCUGCCAGCCCCACACCUGUCCUACCUGUCUGUGACCGAGCGUGCUUAGCAGGUACAGUGCGAGUGUACAGUAGUGCUUACUAGAGCAGACACGACGCAUUCACAAGGCUAAUCAGCCAUUUAUGAAAAAAAAAAACAAAAAAAACAAAAAAAAAAAACGAGAAAGACUUCACAAGGACAGUCAUAUCGUGAAGCAAUGUGUUUACAUGGACUCGUAUCAUCAAAGGCGCUGUAGUAGGACAACUUCACUUCUGAAGAUGUUCCUUUUCAUUUCGGUGUUUCUUCAUAUUUCAUUUUGGGUUUUUUUAGUCACUUGCUUUGAGAAAGAACUUGUGGCUGGAAAUGACUGGAGAACCUUUUACAGAGCAGUCGUAGACUCUCACUUAUCAUCACCAUUCUCCUCCUCCUCUUUCUCCUCCUCCUGAUCAUCAUCGUCGUCCUUAUUUUCUUCAAUUUCUAAUUUCAGAAAGCUGUUUAGGGGUAUUUCCUCUCUCACACAAUUAUUUUCACUUGAUCCUCUCUUUCUGAUUCUCAUCAAAACCUCAUAAUCGAGUUGUCUCCCCUCUCGUCCCUGCUAACGCCAAACUUUCUGCUUUAAUACCGAGAGGCAAGGUAUCGGGGAUGUUGUAUCCACCAGUUUCCCCGAGUUCUACUUACUGCCUCUCACAAAGCUUCAUCCACGUUUCCAGCUCAAGUUGCUGCUUUCUCGUCCAUAAUUUAUACUCGGCCCUAGACAGCGACUGGAGCGCGUGUAGCUGUGAGCCGGCGACAGAUCACGUGACGUAGACUAAUCACAGCACCUGCAUGUGUGUUUGAUUUUGUUCCCGAGGUUAUUAUUGCGUUGUGUCGGCCUUGUCGCGAAAGCUUUCUUUGUGACAGUUGUUUAAAUGGCAGUACAGCGUAUUUCAUGUAAUAAAUGACUUGAUGUCAGCUGUAA